AUGGCCUUCAGCGUCCUGCUCUCCCCGCCGCCCCUUCCGUUCCCGAGCGCCACCGCCACCGCCACGGCCGCCUCGUACCUAAUUUUCGCCGGCCACGAUCGCCGCCGCCGCCGCCGCCGCCCGCUGGAGCACGGGUGUCGCUGCGGCCGCCCGCCGGAGACGGCGCUCGGCAGCAGCUCAGGCCGACGCGGCUCGUACGGCGACGAGCAGGCGGCUCCAGGACCCCUCGGCCUUGACGGCAGCAGCACGUCCUCCUCGAACCGUCGGACGGGAAGUGCAAAACCAAGAUAUCAAGUAACUUUGAAAGAAGAGGACACACAAAAUGCAGACCAUGAGGGGUGGCAAAAGUGGCAAUAUAGUACAGAUGGCCUUUCUAAGAGCAUGUCCAAGUCAAGAUACUUCAAAGUAUUUGGGGUUGAUUUGUCCCCUGACAAUGUGGCUGUUGGUAUUGUUUAUUUUGUGCAAGGAGUUUUAGGCCUUUCCAGGCUUGCUGUCAGCUUCUACUUAAAAGAUGAUCUUCAUCUUGAGCCAGCAGAGACUGCAGUUAUAUCUGGGUUCUCAGCCUUGCCGUGGUUGGUCAAGCCCCUCUAUGGCUUCAUCAGUGAUUCCAUCCCUCUCUUUGGAUAUCGAAGAAGGUCAUACCUAUUUCUAUCAGGCAUCCUUGGAGCACUUUCAUGGAGUUUGAUGGCGACUAUUGUGGAUGAUAAAUACAGUGCAGCACUCUCUAUUGUUCUUGGAUCGCUUGCAGUUGCCGUCUCUGAUGUUGUGGUUGAUUCUAUGGUGGUUGAGAGAGCUCGAGGUGAAUCACAGAGUACAUCUGGAUCUCUCCAGUCAUUAUGUUGGGGAUCCUCAGCUUUUGGAGGAGUUCUGAGUGCAUACUUCAGUGGUUCUCUAGUGGAUACUUAUGGUGUAAGAUUUGUCUUUGGUGUUACUGCACUUUUGCCACUGAUGACAUCUACUGUUGCAAUUCUUGUAAAUGAAGAACGCUUACCUUUGGGGGAAUGUUCAGUCUCACUUUCAGUUUCAGGUUCAAAAUUAAUUGAGAGCUCUAAGCAGCGCAUCAUGCAGAUUUGGAAUUCAGUAAAGCAGCCCAGCAUACUCCUACCGACCUUGUUCAUAUUCCUUUGGCAAGCAACACCGCAAUCAGACUCUGCCAUGUUUUUCUUCAUCACAAAUAAGGUCGGAUUUACUCCAGAAUUUCUAGGACGUGUUACGCUUGUUACAUCUGUCGCAUCCUUACUGGGUAUCGGAGUGUAUAAUUCAUUUUUGAAGGAAGUCCCAUUGAGGAAAAUAUUUCUGGUGACAACAGUUUUAGGUUCUGCUCUUGGAAUGACACAGGUUCUUCUUGUCACUGGGCUCAACCGGAAGCUUGGCAUAAGCGACGAAUGGUUCUCCAUUGGGGAUUCUUUGAUUAUCACAGUCCUUGGUCAGGCUUCCUUUAUGCCUGUCCUGGUCUUAGCUGCAAAGUUGUGCCCUCCGGGACUGGAAGCAACUUUAUUUGCCACUUUGAUGUCCAUUUCUAACGCCGGAGGUGUUGCUGGCGGUCUGGUGGGCGCGGGUCUAACGCAAUUACUGGGGGUCAGCAGAGACAACUUCGAAAACCUUACUCUGCUGAUCGCGGUGUGCAAUCUCAGUUCCCUGCUACCUCUGCCUCUUCUGGGUCUCCUGCCUGAUGAAUCCCCUAAUGCAAAUGGUGCACAAACAAAAAAUGAUUGA